GCCACAAUAGCAAUAUAAAUUACAAAUUGACUCGCUUAUUAACAAUACGAAUGAUGGGUGACCUAUAUUAAGAAUAAAAUAGUGAGGAUUCUUCUGUAGUCUUCCUGUGUUUGUAGAGAGCUCGAAUGAACAACUACAUUCAUGACUUGUGAGAGCGACGACCAAGGACAAGUUUGGAUCCAAACAAGAUAAUAGCAAGUUAGCAACCCAAUGCAAAGGAUAUUUUGCGACCAAUAAUUGUGUGUACAUAUAUAUAUUUCUCCCUCCAUCCCUAAAAGACCGUCCCAUAGAGCAAACUUCACUUUAUUAAUAUCUGGGUGUAAAUUUUGCACAUGAGCUGGUAAAGUAGGCCCCAUGAGAAGAGAGAUAAAGAGAGAGCAAGCGUGAAAAGUCACAUGAACUUAAAGGGACACCCAAAAAGGAAAACCCGGGGCAAUCUUUUAGGGACGGAGGAAAGCCUUUCUAAAUUGUCCUGUAUGAAAUUAAAUAAAGGGGGUGUUGUUAGUUGUUACCCUUCCUUGUCUCAUUUCUCUUUCUCUUCUAGAUAUAGAGAUAGUUGGCAGUAGCCAGAAAAGUAUUAGAUAUAUUUAGUGAAGUACUAAUCUAGCUACAUUUCUACUUAAUUGGUAGUAGAAUAUACGAUGAUGAUGAAUUCCAGAUGGGUAACAUGGUUGUUAAUGUUGUUAGUACUACUUAUAAUGGUUGAUCAUGGCAGAUGCAACAACACUAACAAGUUGCAUGGAGUUGGCCAUGGCAAUAAUAAUGUCACUCACAAUCCAUACAGAAGAUUCUUGCUCUCCAAUGGUCUUGCUCUCACUCCUCCCAUGGGAUGGAACAGUUGGAAUCACUUUGGCUGUAAUGUCACAGAAAAGAUUGUCAAAGAAACAGCUGAUGCAUUGGUUUCAACUGGCCUUUCUAAGCUUGGUUACAAGUAUGUGAACAUUGAUGAUUGCUGGGCAGAGUUAACUCGCGAUACCAAGGGUAAUUUUGUUCCCAAAAAAACGACAUUUCCUUCUGGAAUAAAAGCUCUUGCAGAUUAUGUACACAGCAAGGGUCUAAAGAUCGGAAUUUAUUCAGAUGCAGGGUACUACACUUGCAGCAAAAAAAUGCCUGGAUCACUUGGGCAUGAGGAGCGGGAUGCAAAGACAUUUGCCUCUUGGGGCAUCGAUUAUUUGAAGUAUGAUAACUGCAACAAUGAUGGCUCAAAACCUACUAUUAGAUACCCUGUGAUGACUCGAGCACUGAUGAAAUCUGGUCGCCCUAUUUUCUUUUCACUCUGCGAAUGGGGAGACAUGCAUCCUGCAAAAUGGGGUUAUCAGGUGGGAAAUAGCUGGAGAACUACCAAUGAUAUUUCUGAUAAUUGGGAAAGCAUGGUGUCUAGAGCUGACAUGAAUGAAAUAUACGCUGAUCUUGCAAAACCCGGUGGCUGGAAUGAUCCAGACAUGCUUGAGGUGGGGAAUGGAGGGAUGUCGAAAAAGGAAUACAUAGUACACUUCAGUAUUUGGGCAAUUUCUAAGGCACCGUUGCUUAUUGGGUGCAAUUUGAGAAAUGUGACAAAGGAAACAAUGGAAAUUAUUGGUAAUGGAGAAGUCAUAGCAGUAAACCAAGAUCCUCUUGGUAUUCAAGCGAAAAAAGUUAGGAUGGAAGGUGAUUGGGAGGUAUGGUCAGGGCCUCUGACAAACUACAUGGUAGCACUACUUUUGGUAAAUAGAGGUUCAGUUCGUGCUUCUAUAACAGCUCAUUGGGAUGAUAUUGGCAUUCCUGCCAACAGCAUUGUAGAAGCCAGGGAUCUUUGGGAGCACAAAAAUCUGAAGCAGAAGUUUGUGCAGAAUCUGACAGCAACAAUUGGCUCUCAUGCAAGCAAGAUGUAUGUAUUGAAACCAAUUGGUUGAGUGUCCGAAACAGUUGUAUCAGUUUAGAGGUGCAAAACUUCUUCCUCUUGUUGUCACCAACUUUACCUAUACCAAAAGUGGAGUGUAUUUAUCAUUCCCUACAUUAAUUGAUAUGAACUUGUUGAAAUAAAUGGGAACUCAUGCAGCAAAAAAACCCAAUUUUGAGAUGGUGUUUUCAUAGUGUGGAUGUUCUUAUGUUGUUUCUGCUGGAAAAUCAACGAAGUUUAAUUUUUAAAACUCA